AUGGCUACAUCUCUUGAAGAAAAAUCAAAUCAGGAUCCAAAAACAGUGGCAGAAGUGACGGAAGUCACAACCAAUCAUGUUGAUGGUGCAUUGCAAGAAACGAAUCUUGAAAAUAUCGACGAAGUUAUAAUCGAAGGAAGACCCAAAAAGUCACUUUCUUUUAAGCUUGCUUUUAUAGGUCUUGCUGCCAGUAUGUUUGUUUUCCAAAUGGAUGCAACGUCUCUUGGAAUUGCCCUCCCAACUGUAGCGGAAGAAUUACAUGGCGAAAGUUUGCAGAGCUUCUGGGCUAACAUGUCCUAUACUCUGUGCGGUCUCGUCAUGCAACCACUUUGGGCCAGUAUAUCAGAUAUCUUCGGCCGAAAGCCAUCUUUCUAUAUAUGCAUGGCAUUCUUUUUCAUCGGCUCAAUCGUUUUUGCGCUUGCAAAGGACAUGAAUACCAUUAUCGAACGUUCAUUCUAUCUUGGAUUAAUGGCAAUCCCCAAUGCCGUAGGGAAUAUUCUCGGACCGUCAAUUGGAGCCAUUUUGAGCAAUUAUGCAAGCUGGAGAUGGAUUGGAUGGGUGAAUUUGCCAAUAUUAGGAAUCAGCGCGCCUCUUAUUGUUUUCUUUCUCCGUUUAAGACCAGUUGAGCUCGAUGAAAAAUUAUCUGCCAACCUAAAGAAACUCGAUUGGAUUGGUAUGAUGCUGGUUGUAACUGGUAUCACCAUUUUUGUCCUACCACUCAGUUGGGCCGGCUCACUUUUCCCAUGGAAGUCGUGGCAAACCCUCCUCCCAAUACUUCUAGGGGCCGCUUUGCUUGUUAUAUUUGUAGUAUAUGAAGCUAAGCCCAAAGUUCCUAUCCUGCCUCAUCGUCUUUUCCACUCGAGAACUGCAAACAUGACCUUGGCGGCGGCCUUCGUACAUGGCAUGAUCCUGAUCUCGCUGUUACAGUAUCUGCCUUUGUUUUAUCAGGCCGUAGAGCUCGAGACAGCGAUCCGAUCUGCGGUCUCCUUACUUCCCACCGUCAUCAUUAGUGUAGUAUUCGCAGCUAUCUCGAUGAUGAUGGUCUCGGUCGUUGGUGGAUAUGUAUGGAUCAUACGAUUUGGCUGGAUUAUCACAAUCCUGGGAACUGGAUUGCUAGCACUUUUUGACGUUGGAUCUUCGUCAUCGCUACUUUUUGGCCUUCCAAUUCUUUGGGGAAUGGGCGUGUCCUUACUGCGUCUUCUUCUGCUCCCUAUUCAGGCAAGCGUGAAAAAUGUCGAUGAUACCGGCUUGGCAAUCGGAAUUUCGCUGACAAUUCGAAUGUUCGGAGGUCUCAUCGGGCUUACAGUUGCGUCAACGAUAUUCAACUCUGUCUUUUCUGCUUCCAUUGCUUCUAUUGAAUUGACAGGAACUCUUUCUCGGCUCCACAACCCAAGUAAAGCUGUUUCCUUCAUUCCAGAGCUGAGAUCUCUGGAAAUAUCCCCAAAGGUCCUGGAUGCCGUUUUGCGAGUUUAUCUUGGGUGCUUUAAGACUAUUUUCUAUACGAUGGCAGGGUUUGGAGGUCUGGGUCUUAUUACUUCUCUUCUUACUGAAGACCUGGACUUGAACAAGAAGGAUGUUGGCCAACAGCGGUUCGAAGAAUAA